AUGUCGGCCGAAUGUGUGAACUCAGCAGACAAAAGCUCGGCCUCCGAGACCUCCGUGAGCCCCGCGGUGCUGCCGGAGAGAGGCGGCCGGCCGAGUCCUUUUGCAAUCGGCAUUGACUUCGGGACGAGCAAAUGCUGCGUGGCUGUGGUGCGCGACGGCCGGGUGGACGUCCUGGAGAACGAGUUGGGGCAAAGGACGACGCCCUCGUGCGUUGCCUUCAACUCCCAGCAGCGACUAGUGGGCAGCGAUGCCCUGAGCCAGGCCGUUGUAAACUGCGACAACACCGUGCACGGCGUCAAAAAGUUCCUGGGACGCACCUACGACGAAGUGAAGGACUUGUCUUCUCUCUGCAGAAUUAACCCAACUGAGCCCUCCGAUAUAUUUGAGAACUUCAUCCAUUAUAAAAAUACCGAUCUAAGGCUGAGACCGGAGCAGGUGGCCGCCAUGCUGCUCGGGAAGAUGAAGGACAUCGCGGAAUCCUCUCUGGGUUGUCCCGUGGACCGCGCGGUCAUCUCGGUACCGGCUUCGUUCGGCAACGCGCAGCGACUCGCUAUAAAAAACGCCGCGCAAGUCGCCGGACUUGAAGUUCUUGAGCUGAUCAACGAAACAACCGCGGCGGGGGUCGCCUUCGUGGAAAACCGUACCGUCCAGACUCCCGAGGUUAUUGCGGUUGUGGAUUUUGGAGCGGGGAAACUGGAUGUGUCCAUCAUGGAGAUAUUAUUAACCAAAGAUGAGAUCAGCAAGGUUGUACUGGUCGGGGGUUCAACACGCGUCCCGCUGGUGCGGGCCGUCCUCGAGGGAUAUUUUGGUCCGGGAAAGUUAGAUCAAACGUUGAAUAAAGACGAGGCUGUGGCCCGUGGUGCUGCUCUUCGAGCUGCGACUCUGAGUGGGCAAGAAACUUCGAUCAAGUUCCUGUACAUCUCUGUCAACGGCAAGGCCAAAGAGGCCGUGGAGAAUUUCUCCGCCUAUAUCAAAGAGGCCCCGACGGGUACGGCUUACAGAAGAUGA